AGAUGCCCAGAAGCCAGUCAGAUAAUCACAUACAGCUCCCCAUAGCAGCAAUUCUAAAGAUAUCUGGAACGUAGGUCAGAGAAAAAGAAAGAUAAGAACAAGAAAUAGGAGCUGCAUGAACCGGAAAGAAAAUGGAAACACUUCAUUUCUUCUUAUAAUGCUCAAAAUCCUAUUGAAAACUCACAAUGUGAAGGACAUUGUUUCAGAGAACUCCUUCUGAUCUACCAAAACUUAUAUGCUUUAUAAGAGAUAAAACUACACAGUGAUGCAAGCUUUCAAUUAGGUUUACAGGUAGUCCAAUGAAACAGAGAGAAAGUAAAACUGUAAAGAGAAGAUCAUUUUUUAUGAUGUUAAGAAGAAAAGAAAAUGAAGUGGCAGCUUAAACUUUGGAAAGAUCAGACAGAGAGCUUAAGGUGAUCUCCAGAAGAAAAUUGCUAGUCGAAUUUUCUCAGAUAAACAUUUAUGCUUAGUAUAGCACUACUGUUAGAGCAUCAUUAUUUUGAGAAGAAAGUUCAAAUUGUCUUGCGUUUAGGGGUUUCUAUGUCCUACUGCAGACGUAAUAUUAAAAGGUAGGAAAACAUAUUUGGUUAAUACCUAAUAUAAUACAGUUUGGUAAAUAUAGUUCUCUUGUCUUGUAAAUAUUUUAUUUUGAAAUAUCAGCCAUUUGUAUAGGCCCAAGGGUCUUGUGUCGUCUUCAGAAUUCUAGUUCCUUCAGCCCAGGAAUUCAAAGCAGCAAGAAUAACACCACAAAAUAAGCUCAUAAGCUUAUUUUAAUGCUAUAGUGCUGGCUACAUAAGAUAAUCAUCUGGUGAUUUUUAUUUUGGCAAAAAAUGUUUUUAUAAGUGAAGAUUAUCAGAAAAGUGUCAAGGAGUAUUUUUUCUGGCUUAAAGAACCCCAAUAUGUUUUCAGUGCCAAGGAGAAGGACAGCCUUGUGUAUUUAAUUACUUUAGCUUAUUUUGUCCUCUAGCAUGAUCUGUUCCCUGAUUUCACCACAGUAGAGCUUGCUUUGAAGUUGCAGAAAAAUUAAAUCAAUCACUUGGAUCACAUGUGUCCCAAAGAAUGUGGCUUCCCAGGUAAAAGCAAUCUUUCAAUCCCCUACUCUCGUUUCACUUUGGCAUUUCAACAGCGUUGCAAAAUUCUUCGGCAGAUAUUUUAUUUUAUCCCUUGGUCCCAGCAGCUCUUAUUAAGAGUUUCAGAAUUGCCUGUACAAGGUGCACCUUUCACAUUACAAGGGAUUGGCUCAUUUCUUGAUGCUUAUGCAACCACUUAUAACUAUGCCUACAGGUAAACAUACUGCUGUCUUCUUGGAAGACCGAGAAGUAUAAAGAAUGUUUAUGUGCAGGUCUAGCUGUUCCAAGUACCCAAGUGUUGGUUUAGACACACCUGGAUUACCAUCCACCUUUUAUUGGCUGAGAAAGUUGCCACACCUGAUUUGUAAGUUUACCUGUUGCAGCCAAUAGCAGGGCCAUCUCAGCCAGCCAGCACUGGAUACUAUCUGGCCAGAAGUAGCAAAGCAGCUCUUAUUUGAAAAACCACUGGGUUCCCAGUUCAUUACUACAGGAAAAACUGUUCUCUUCUGUGGCACAGAGAACCCUGCUUCAAAGCAGAAGAAGCAGUUCCGGGGUCCAGCUGGCUAAAACCCAUCCCAGAGGAUAAUGGCAACCCAUGCCUUAGAAAUCGCUGGGCUGUUUCUUGGUGGUGUUGGAAUGGUGGGCACAGUGGCUGUCACUGUCAUGCCUCAGUGGAGAGUGUCGGCCUUCAUUGAAAACAACAUCGUGGUUUUUGAAAACUUCUGGGAAGGACUGUGGAUGAAUUGCGUGAGGCAGGCUAACAUCAGGAUGCAGUGCAAAAUCUAUGAUUCCCUGCUGGCUCUUUCUCCGGACCUACAGGCAGCCAGAGGACUGAUGUGUGCUGCUUCCGUGAUGUCCUUCUUGGCUUUCAUGAUGGCCAUCCUUGGCAUGAAAUGCACCAGGUGCACGGGGGACAAUGAGAAGGUGAAGGCUCACAUUCUGCUGACGGCUGGAAUCAUCUUCAUCAUCACGGGCAUGGUGGUGCUCAUCCCUGUGAGCUGGGUUGCCAAUGCCAUCAUCAGAGAUUUCUAUAACCCAAUAGUGAAUGUUGCCCAAAAACGUGAGCUUGGAGAAGCUCUCUACUUAGGAUGGACCACGGCACUGGUGCUGAUUGUUGGAGGAGCUCUGUUCUGCUGCGUUUUUUGUUGCAACGAAAAGAGCAGUAGCUACAGAUACUCGAUACCUUCCCAUCGCACAACCCAAAAAAGUUAUCACACCGGAAAGAAGUCACCGAGCGUCUACUCCAGAAGUCAGUAUGUGUAGUUGUGUAUGUUUUUUUAACUUUACUAUAAAGCCAUGCAAACGACAAAAAUCUCUAUUACUUUCUCAAAAUGGACCCCAAAGAAACUUUGAUUUACUGUUCUUAACUGCCUAAUCUUAAUUACAGGAACUGUGCAUCAGCUAUUUAUGAUUCUAUAAGCUAUUUCAGCAGAAUGAGAUAUUAAACCCAAUGCUUUGAUUGUUCUAGGAAGUAUAGUAAUUUGUUUUCUAAGAUGGUUCAAGCAUCUACUCUUUUUAUCAUUUACUUCAAAAUGACAUUGCUAAAGACUGCAUUAUUUUACCAUUGUAAUUUCUCCACGACAUAGCAUUAUGUACAUAGAUGAGUGUAACAUUUAUAUCUCACAUAGAGACAUGCUUAUAUGGUUUUAUUUAAAAUGAAAUGCCAAUCCAUUACACUGAAUAAAUAGAACUCAACUAUUGCUUUUCAGGGAAAUCAUGGAUAGGAUUGAAGAAGGUUACUAUUAAUUGUUUAAAAACAGCUUAGGGAUUAAAGUCCUCCAUUUAUAAUGAAGGUUAAAAUGAAGGCUUUAAUCAGGAUUGUAAAGGAAAUUGAAUGGCUUUCUGAUAUGCUGUUUUUUAGCCUAGGAGUUAGAAAUCCUAACUUCUUUUUCCUCUUCUCCCAGAGGCUUUUUUUUUUUUCUUGUGUAUUAAAUUAACAUUUUUAAAAAGCAGAUAUUUUGUCAAGGGGCUUUGCAUUCAAACUGCUUUUCCAGGGCUAUACUCAGAAGAAAGAUAAAAGUGUGAUCUAAGAAAAAGUGAUGGUUUUAGGAAAGUGAAAAUAUUUUUGUUUUUGUAUUUGAAGAAGAAUGAUGCAUUUUGACAAGAAAUCAUAUAUGUAUGGAUAUAUUUUAAUAAGGAUUUGAGUACAGACUUUGAGGUUUCAUCAAUAUAAAUAAAAGAGCAGAAAAAUAUGUCUUGGUUUUCAUUUGCUUACCAAAACAACAACAACAAAAAAAAGUUGUCCUUUGAGAACUUCACCUGCUCCUAUGUAGGUACCUGAGUCAAAAUUGUCAUUUUUGUUCUGUGAAAAAUAAAUUUCCUUCUUGUACCAUUUCUGUUUAGUUUUACUAAAAUCUGUAAAUACUGUAUUUUUCUGUUUAUUCCAAAUUUGAUGAAACUGACAAUCCAAUUUGAAAGUUUGUGUCGACAUCUGUCUAGCUUAAAUGAAUUUGUUCUAUUUGCUUUAUACAUUUAUAUUAAUAAAUUGUACAUUUUUCUAAUUAUUUGA